GUUCUCGCACCUGUAUGGGCUCUGGUUACGGCUUUCCUAGAUGUGGGUGCCAACUACGACCAGUCAUUACGUUCCCUUGUGAGUGCAGCUAUAGGGCUGUCGUUCACGGAGUUGGUUGCCCUUCUGGUCACAGUGUGCUCUACUACAGGCUACAAUGCCUGGAUUGGCGUUAUAAUCAGUUUCCCACUAACGUUCCUGCUGGCCAUAGGCGACCCUGCUAGCGGUAGUAAACUGUGCAAGUUGUUUAGAUCGGAUGUGGCGAUGGAGUGCAUGUACAUCCCCUUGGCAUUCCCCAACGGUCAACCCUUCUAUCACGGUCUGCUCACUUCGGGGGCGUUCGCGGUGGGCUCUGCUGAGACCAUCAUUGCAACAACUGUUUUGAAUGCGUUCAACCUAUUGCCUAGGUCCACCGUGCCGGCCAUACCAGCGUUCGCGAGAGCUGCUGCUGACUAUUUUGAGACGUUGGCUACUUAUGUCAACA